AUGGUAUUAUUGAAUCCAACAUUAGUCACAGAAUUUCUCCUCUCGGGGGUGACAGACAUACAAGAACUGAACUCUAUUCUCUUUGUCACGGUCCUUGCCAUGUACUUUGUCAAUGUGUUUGGGAAUGGAGCCAUCAUGAUGAUCGUCAGCUUAGAUCCAAGACUCCACUCACCUAUGUACUUCUUCUUGGGAAACCUAGCAUGUCUAGAUAUCUGCUUCUCCACUGUAACAGUGCCAAAGAUGCUUGAGAACUUCUUCUCCACAAGCAAAGCAAUUUCCUUCUUGGGAUGCAUAACUCAGCUUUAUUUCUUCCACUUCCUGGGUAGCACAGAGGCUUUACUGCUGACAAUCAUGGCAUUUGACCGCUUUGUGGCUAUCUGCAGACCACUCCACUACCCUUCCAUCAUGAAUCGUCAGGUGUGUAUCCAGAUGGCUGUCUUCAUCUGGGCCAUUCCUUUUCUUCAUGCUCUAGUUCACUCCAUAUUGACGUAUCAAUUGAACUUCUGUGGUUCCAACCAUAUCCAUCAUUUCUUCUGUGAUGUUAAGCCAUUAUUGGAGCUGGCCUGUGGAAACACUGAACUCAACAGGUGGCUGCUCAAUACAUUCACAGGGACAUUUGCCAUUGGCCUCUUCUUUCUGACUUUUCUCUCCUAUUUCUACAUCAUUACCUAUCUGUUUCUCAAAACCCGUUCUUGUAGCAUGUUGCACAAAGCAUUGUCCACUUGUGCCUCUCACUUCAUGGUUGUCAUUAUUUUCUAUGCUCCUGUUCUUUUCAUUUAUAUCAAUCCUGAUUCAGGGAGCUCCCUGGAAAAGGACAGGAUCAUUGCUGUCAUGUACACUGUGGUCACUCCUGCACUCAAUCCACUUAUCUACACUCUGAGGAACAAGGAAGUGAGGCGUGCUCUGAAUAGGAAAAUCAGAAUACAUCUUUGACUCAAUCUAAUAACUUAUCCUUGAAUAUUAAAACACAAUUAAUGUGAAUACUGUUGUAUGAAGUUUGUUGAUUCUUCAAUCGUGUAUUAUAACAAACAUGACCAAAUAAGAGAAUAAAUAUAUGAGAAAAUGUGGCUCAAUUUCAUUUAAAUUUGUAAGCUCUAUAUAAUAUAGAAAUUGGAACAAACCAGGUAUACCCUAUAAAAUGUCAACUCUGAAUUUAUUUGGCAGAUGACCAUUGAUGAAUCUAACUUGGCAUCCUUUCAUAUAAAUUUGCAUGUAAAAUUAAGAAUGGAAAUUGCUAGGAGCAGAUAAAAGAACUUAUAUUAAGUAAUGUCAUUUGGACUUCAGACUCUAUUUUAUCUAAGCUUACAAACUGCCUUACUAAGCAACAAUAGUUCUUCAAACAUACCUCUUACCAACUCCCUAUCCAAGCAACAAUAAUUAUUCCAACUAAAAUGUCCCUAACAAGAGAAAGAACAAGUGAAUUUGAUA